CGGAUGGCGGGGGCGGUGGGCUCCGGGGCCGGGGCCGGGGGGAGGCCGCGCCGGGCCCACGGGAUGCUGAAGCUUUACUACGGGCUGGGGGAGGGCGGCGGGCGGCCGCCGGGGGCCCGGGACCCGCUCGAUCCCGCCGACAUCGACGGCGCGCACUUCGACCCCGAGUUCUACCUCAACAAGCUGAGGAAGGAAUGCUCGCUGACGGAGCUGAUGGACAGCGAGACCGAGAUGGUGAAGCACAUUCGGGCCCUUGACAGUGACAUGCAGACCUUGGUCUACGAGAACUACAACAAGUUCAUAUCAGCCACAGACACCAUCAGGAAGAUGAAGAACGACUUCAGGAAGAUGGAGGACGAAAUGGAUUGCCUGACCACCAACAUGUCGGCCAUCACCGAGUUCAGUGCCCGGAUCAGCCACACCCUGCAGGACCAGCACCAGCAGAUCACCAAACUCUCAGGCGUGCACACUCUGCUACGGAAACUGCAGUUCCUGUUCGAGCUCCCGGCCCGGCUGAACAAGUGCAUCGAGCUGGAGGCGUACGGACAGGCCGUGCGGUACCACAGCAAGGCUCGCUCCGUGUUGCUGCAGUACCAGCACAUGCCCUCCUUCCAGGGCAUCCACAACGACUGCCGCAAGAUCAUGUCCGACCUCGCCCAGAAGCUCAGGGUACAGUUCAGGGACGGCAGCUCGAGCGCCCAGCAGCUGGCAGAGUGUGUCCAGCUGCUGCUGCAGCUGGAGGAGCCGGCAGAGGAGCUGUGCGACGAGUUCCUGUCCCACGCCCGGUGCCGGCUCGAGGGGGACCUGUCGGAGCUGGAGGCCGAGCUGGGGGGGCCCGGGGCUGUGCCCCCAGGGUCGCCGGGGUCCGGGACACCCCCGCCGGGCUCCGGCCCCCUCUCUGACAUCCUGGAGUUCGUGGACAAGGGUUGCAACGGCUUCGUCAGCAACACCUGCCUGGUCAUCGCCUCCUACCAGGAGCUGUUCGCCCAUGGGCCGGCGGCCAGCGGGCAGGACGUGGGGCCCAUGGCCAGGGCCAAGCUGCUGGCCUUCGUCGGGCAGCUGAUGGGCCGCUACUUCUCGCUGGUGGAGCGUCGGAUCGCGGCAGAGCGGGGCGUGGGGGACAACUCGCUGCUGGUGCGGGGCCUGGACCGCUUCCACCGCAGGCUGCAGGCCGCCGCCAAGCUGCUGCCCGGCUCGGGGCUGGGGGCGGAGGGCGCGGAGAUUGUGGUGCGGGCGGCCCGCGCCCGCCUCAGCCAAUACCUCGCCGCCCUGAGCAGCUUCUUCGCCGACUGCCUGACCGACGUGCGCCAGUCGCUGGCCGCCCCCCGCCUGCUGGGCAAGGACGGCGCCAACCUGGCCGAGCUGCUGGGCACUGUCUCCGCCGCCGUCCUCAACCAGAUCAAGUCGGUGCUGGCUGCCGUCCACCUCUUCGUGGCCAAGGAUAUCACCUUCUCCAACAGGCCCUACUUCAAGGGCGAGUUCUGCAGCCAAGGGGUCCGCGAGGGUCUCAUCGUGGCCUUCAUCAGACACAUGUGCCAGACGGUGCGGCAGUUCUGCGAGACGGUGGGCGAGAAGAGCUCCACCCCUCCCGGGCUGCUGCUGCUUCUCAGCCGCCUCUGCCUGGACUACGAGACAUCCACCAUCAGCUACAUCCUCACGCUGACCGACGAGCAGUUCCUGGGGCAGGACCAUUCCCCGGUCACGCCGGUGACGGUGUUGUGUGCCGACGCCCGUGAGUCAGCCCAGAGGCUGCUGAACCAGUACGUGAAGGUGCAGGGCCUGAACGUGUCUCAGAUGCUGCGCAAGAGCGUGGAGACUCGUGACUGGAUCAACACCAUCGAACCGCGCAACGUGCGGGCUGUGAUGAAGAGAGUGGUGGAGGACAUCACCUCCAUCGACGUGCAGGUUGGACUGCUGUACGAGGAAGGGGUGAGGAAGGCUCUUAGCAGCGAUUCCAGCAAGAGAACAUUCUCCGUCUACAGCAGCUCCCGUCAACAGGCGCGCUACACCCCAAGCUACACCCCCAGUGCUCCCAUGGAUACCAACCUCCUGAGUAACAUCCAGAAGCUCUUCUCUGAGAGGAUAGACAUCUUCAGCCCUGUCGAGUUUAACAAGGUCUCUGUGCUGACGGGCAUCAUCAAGAUCAGCCUGAAGACCUUCCUGGAGUGCGUGAGGCUGCGCACGUUCGGCCGCUACGGGCUGCAGCAGAUCCAGGUGGACUGCCAGUACCUGCAGCUCUACCUGUGGCGCUUCGCCUCCGACGAGAACCUGGUGCACUUCCUGCUGGACGAGAUCGUGGGCAGCACCGCGCACCGCUGCCUGGACCCUGUCACCAUGGAGCAGAGUGUCAUCGAGGUCAUCUGUGAGAGGGGCUGACCCCCGUCCUGCUGAGGAGCUGGCGGUUCCCCUCCGCGGGCUUGGGGUUUGGUCCGUUCACUGCUCUGUUCCCCCCCCCCAUCCCCACCUGCUCAUCAAACAGGAACGGGGGGGUGGCGUGGGGAGGCCAUUCAUUCCCUCCAGCCGGACCCUGCCCUUCAAUGUCGCAGCUGAUUCUAUAACUCCAUCCCACUCCCUCGUCGGAUCCCCCAACCUGUGGUGUCUGUGUGCUUUAUCCCAAGGUCUGGCCUCCAUGGCAAAACUGGUGCACUCCUCACUGAAUCUGUGAUCUUAAAAGGCGUCACUUGUCAUGUUUAACCUGCUGAUGUUGGACUCUGCAUGGCUUUCGUCCUCACCACCAGAGAUCGGGGCCUCUGUAACACUACUGUCUGUUUAUAAAGUAUAAUUUGUUAAAGCUUGAUCAUGGCUCCCAUCCCCAUCCCAAAUGCCCCUUCCCCUGUGAUGGGACUCCCCCACCCCCCUGGAUCUAUCAGGAAUUUCGAUGAGAUCAUUUCGAAAACCCAGGGAGACUGCACUCAUUUCCACUCCCCCCCCGGCCACCUCUCCCCCUCUUCCCACAGGAAUUGUCCUCUUGUGAUGUGCCAGUAACCUGCCCCCACCUUCACUUGAGCCUCUUGUUCCCUUGAAGAGGGUCCUUCUCCCUUCCCCCUCUGUCCCGGCGGGGGUACACAGGUGUAUUUCUGACAGUCCGCUGUGAGUUCAACUGGACCCUGUAGAGUGAUACCACCAUACUGUAAAUACCAGACUGUAGAUGUUAGAUUUACGUGUAUAUACUUGGUGGGAAAAUAAAUCUGCAUUGUCACAA